CCUCGGGUUGUGUUCUCACAUGUCAUCGGUUCUUAAGUACCUUGCCUUUCGUUUCGUUCCCAGCUCUUCCUCCUGCCUUCCCCUCCGUGGUCCACCGUCCGUCGCACAAUGUCGGAAGUGCGAACCUGCUCGCGGCCGAUUCAGAGUUGUUUCCAAUGCCGUAAACGAAAGAUUAAAUGCAACAGAGCUUACCCGUGUGCCCCAUGUCUGCUGCGUGGUGAAGGAGAUGUCUGUCGGGAGGUUGACCGCAAUCUGGCCAGUUCUAGCAAAACAACAGUCGAAACACUAGACGAUGUCGUCAACCGCGUUGCAGUCCUGGAAAAGACCGUCUCCAAGUUGUCCAAAUCAAUCGCGUCUGGGUCUGGGUCUGGCGACAACGGCUGUUUCGGUCCACCAAAGUCCAUCACCAUGCCUCCUCAUCAACUGACUCAUGAAGACUUUGAGAAGCACCACCCUGCCAUGCGAUCUCCCGAUGAAGAGGCUGCGUUGAUGCUCGAAGAUAUCGCAUUAGGCAACCGCAUGAACCGCCGUCGGGCGGCCAGUCUCCUCGAACCCAACUCCACUCUGGGCCGCGCCCACUCGUUCUCAAUAGAAACGGUGCUGACCCCUCCGAUACUGGCCGAACAAGGGAUGUAUCCCUUUCCCAAAAACCCCAGUCCGUCUAGCCUACAACUCCCGGCUUUCGGACUUCCCUCCGAACACCCCCUCUCCCUCUUGGUCGACCCAUCGACGAAUGUGGUGCACCUCAUUGUUUCUAUUCUUCCAGAUGAACUGAUAUCACGCAGUCUUGUCGACUUUUACUUCGACCGUAUCGACUGGUACACCAAAAUAUUCCACUACCCCUCCUUCAUGUCAGAAAUCGACAAUCUGUUGGCUCAAAUCUCCCUCUUCUCCUCACAUACCGCCUCAUCAUCCCCUACCCCACCCCGCAUCUCCUUCCCCUUCCUUUCCAUCUUCUUCAUGGUCCUCUGCCUAACCCAUCAAUUCAUUGAACCCGAGGUCUGCGGAGCGUUGAAUAUCAAUUACGCAGAUGCUACGGCGCAGGCAAAGAAGUUUUACAAUGCUGCGCAAGUAUGCUUGUGGAUUGACAAUUUCCUGGCUAAUCAUAGUUUGGAAUCUGUUCAGUCGCUCAUACUGAUGGGUAUAUACCAACAAAAUCUGGAUGAUUCCGAUUCUCAUUGGGCAUUGCUGGGCUCUGCGAUCAAGAUCGCACAAAACUUGGGUUUAGCAAGGCUUGGUUCGGAAUCUGAUAACAAGACCUAUUCUGGACCGUGGAAGUCUGUUAUUCGGAGGGAAGUGGCUAGGAGGGUUUGGUGGAAUUUGAUAUACGGCGAUUGGUCACAUGCAGCCGCACAUAACGGUGUAUAUGCGGUACAUCCGUCGCAAAAUGGGACUGGAUAUCCUGCUAAUAUCAAUGAUGUCGAUCUUGUUGAUGGGCAACCGUUGAAAGAGGCUCAAGGGACGCAGUAUACUGAAAUGACGUACUCCCUCACCCGGUUCCGUUUCGUCGAGAUAUACAGACAGAUAGUGGACAAUAUGGAGAACCCUACUGGGUACGGGUUUAUUGUCGAGACCGAUGCGAGGUUGAGGGAUAUGCUUGAGGUUGAUUUACCUGCCAUGUUCCAAGUUGGGGAACAUGACCAACAUGGUUCUGGUUCGGCUGUGGAUAUGGAUACUGGAUGUAACACCACUUCACCGUCUACGCCUACUUCCUCCACCUCCUCCGCCCCCGCCUCAGCCUCCGCGUCUGCGUCUGCGUCUUCGGGGGUCAGAACUCAAACCCAAACCCAAACGAAACAAUUGGAAUAUACCAUCUCUCUCAUCAUGGGCGAAACCCGCCGACUGAGACUCCACCGACCGUUUUUGUUCCGGGGAUAUAAGGAUAGAAAGUAUGGAAAGUCGAAGGAACAGUGUAUUGCGAGUGCGAGAGCCGUGUUGAAUAUUUUGAAAGCGGAUCCGGAGCAGGCUGCUGGUGUGUUGAAGUGGUGGUUGGUUAUGUUUUAUGGAUUUGCUGCGGCUGUGGUGUUGUUCAUUGAUUAUUGCCAUUUACGAGGGGAUGAUCCUAAUGCGUUGGAGACGAGGAAGAAGGAGUUGCAUGAUGCGCUUAAUUUGUUCAAGCAAGCACAACACCUAUCGGGUGUAUCACAGAAUGCUAUUAAUCUGUUGGAGGGUAUGAUGACUGCCGCAGAACAGAGAGUUUCCUCUUCCUCUUCAUCAUCGUCGUUAUCGUCAUCAUUAUCCGGUAGUGGUGGGAGCCGAAAACGAAGUGCACCAGACGAUAGCGAACAACGAUGGGAUCGAAUGGCCAAGAAGACGAUUGUGAGUGCCAAUCGGAAGGUGGGGUUGACACGGUCACCUUUGGUACCGUCUGCUGUGCCUAGCAAGUACGAUACGCAUACGCAUACGCAGUCGUCACCGGAGUUGUCGUCGGUCAAGUUGGUAGAGUCGCCUAUGAGUGUGAAUAGGCCGUUUGGGUCGCCUCAGCCUGGAGGAGGAGGAGGGGGGUAUCAUCUUUCCCCUGGGUCUUCGGGGUCGGGGUCUGGGUCUGGGUCGUCGUCGUCGGCGCAUAGUCCUCAUCCUGGUGCGGGUGGAGGGGUGGUGUGGUCACAUACCACACAUACACAUUCGUCGCGUUCGCAUACUCAAGGUUCGCAUGGCCAUGGCCAUGGACACGGACACGGUGGGGGACACCAUGCAGGUCACCAUCCCAGCCGGUUAGGUGGGGGGGAGGUGUUCGGUACCGGCGUAGGUACCGGUGCGGGUAUGGGCAUGGGUAUGGGUAUGGGAGGGGGAACAGGGGAACAAGGGAUGUUCACAUCGAAAGAUUGGAAUUUCCUUGAUUCGACGGCUGCUAUGAAGGCGUUUGAUGAUGUUACUAUUUCGGAGUUGGGACAGCUUUUGUGGGCUGGGUCUGGGGAAGAUACAUAUGGUGCUGGUGGGGGUGGGUUUGAUGGUGGACAUGGGGGUGGGGGGAUGGUUGUGGGGCAUGAGAGUCAUUGGGGGGGUAUUCUUGGGAGUGGGAUGUAA